AUGUCAGGAAGCGGUUGUGAAAGUGGUCGUAGAGGGCAUGUUGAGACGUCUACAUCAUGAUGACAGAAAAUUACACUUAGAUUAACAUUUCAAUUUAAGACGCAGACAUGUUUCGAAAGAACCGGAACGUGAAAUACUUUCUCGGCCUUGUGCCGGGAAAAAAAAGAUUAGGAACAUACAGAUUCCUGCCCAUCUUUUUCUGCAUUGGAGGAGUGAUGGAAUGGAUCAUGAUAAACGUGAGAAUCGGAAGAGAGACUUUCUAUGAUGUCUACAGAAGAAAGCAAUCAGAAAGAGCCUAUCAGAAGAAGAUUGACGAGGGAGUGAUAGUACUUACGGAGCCCGCAUCGGGCGAACAGCAUUGAGGCGCCUGCCACAUCCUUCAACUGUUCGUUGUACAGACUCUGGACAUCCUGGAGGAGUUGCUUUGGACUUCAGGUGUCUUGGCACAUUCGUUUAUUUCACUAUGUGGACUACAUUGACUUUGAAGUCAUCGUCUUGUGUUUGUACAAAUGCCUUGUACAAAGCCAACCAGCCGAAUGGAUUGUUUUUUCGUGUUGAGUGUAUUACUCGCCAGUGAGUGCUUUUGCAUUAGUUUAAUAUUUAUAUUUGGAUGAGGGAUGAGUGAGAAGCCUACACUGGAGUCAGCAUAAAAGACAAUAAAAACAAGUUAUGUCCAGUGAAUGAU